AUGGGUGGUAUUGGCGUCAGCCCGUGCGAUCUGGACAGGGAGUUCGCGCCCCAAAUCGCCCAGCUCCUCGCCACGCCUCCUCUCCAAUCCGCCCAGGAAUACUAUGAUGAACUCAUACUGUCCAAGAAGCUUGAUGGCAUUAGAGUGAGCUACAGUGGCAAGCAUGGGAAAGGUGUUUGUGCAAAUAGGGACUUUGCUGAAGACGACCUUGUUCUGAAGGACCAAAUGUUGAUCGGUGCUCAGGACAGCCUUAACAAGAUUUACUGUGUUGUGUGUAGUUACUGCUUCCACUUCAUCGGUUCUAUAGAGUUCCAAAUUGGGCGUAGAUUGUAUUUGCAAAGCCUUGGUGGUCGUGUUGAUGGCACUACUGAGAAACAUUGCCAUGUGAGUGAUGCUGGGUCAAGUACUGGCUGUUCUGGUGCAUCAAGUGGGAAUUGCAAUGCUGUGCCACAAGAGGUCCUGAUGUCACUUAUGGAUGGUAAUACGUCGUUGCCUUUAACUGAUCAGUUCUGUCUGCCAUCAGUUGUUGCUUGCCCUGGUGGAUGUGAGGGAGAACUCUACUGCAGCCAAUCAUGUGCGGAUUCCGAUUGGGAUUCUUAUCACUCUUUGCUGUGUGCUGGAUCCAAGACUGAACCAUUACGGAAAUCCGCCCUUCAGAAAUUUGUAGGGCAUGCUAAUGGAACCAAUGAUAUUUUUUUGGUUGCUGCCAAGGCUAUCACUUUCACCUUGUUGAGAUAUAGGAAACUCAAAAGACAGCAUGGGUCUCAUGAAUCAAGCUCUUCGCUCCUCAUGGAAGCCUGGAAACCACUUUCGUUGGGCUUCAAAAAGAGGUGGUGGGAGUGUGUUGCAUUGCCUGAAGAUGUUGAUUCCAGUGAAGAAGAAUUGUUUAGACAGCAAAUAAGGGAUCUGGCGUUUACGUCACUGCAGCUUCUCAAGGAUGCAAUCUUUGAUCCUGAGUGUGCACCCUUGUUUUCGCUUGACAUCUAUGGCCAUAUAAUUGGCAUGUUUGAGCUGAACAAUCUUGAUUUAGUUGUCGCAUCACCAGUUGAAGACUAUUUCAUACACAUUGAUGAUCUUCCAGAGAGUGAGAAGGAGGAAGCAGAGAAGGUAACAGGGUCAUUCCUAGAUGCUUUAGGUGAAGACUAUUCAGUUCCUUGUGAGGGAACGGCGUUCUUUCCUUUGCAGAGUUGCAUGAACCACUCAUGCUGUCCAAAUGCUAAAGCAUUUAAGAGAGACGAGGAUAAGGAUGGCCAUGCAGUGAUAAUUGCUCUGAGGCCUAUCAGCAAGGACGAAGAGAUUACCAUCUCCUACAUCGAUGAAGACCUUCCAUACAAGGAGAGGCAGGCGCAACUUGCAGAUUAUGGGUUCACGUGUACAUGCUUGAAAUGCCAAGAAGAGCGACCGGUCUGA